AUGAACAGGGGCUGUAUCGUGGACAGUCGGAUGGACAGUGUGAUCCCCAGCCCGCAAGUUCCCAUCUGCACCGUUUCAGACCCCCUGGUUCUGGGCCACGGGCCCCUCACUCAGCAGCCUUCCUCUGUGCUCUUGCCCGGAGUGCCUCGGGGGGCUGGCUCCCGUCCAGCUGCCAAGACUCAGCUGCCUGGUCCAGGACACCUGAGCUCCGUGCCCGCCCGGCACUCCGCACCAUCCUGCAGUGCCCCGGGCCCACCCCGCUGGGUCUGCUUUGCUGCGGCUGACUCCCCCGGGGAGGGGGCACUGGCCAGGUCUCGAGAAGUCACCCAGCCGACUGACAUGGCAUCUGAGUCCGUGGGAGGGAUGGUCAAUUUAUUUGCAACAGAUGACUUUUUUGCUCCUGCUGAAACCCUCAUAAAAAACGACAGCCUGAGAUUUAAAGAACAUGAAUAUACUGAGUUUGGGAAGUGGAUGGAUGGAUGGGAGACGAGAAGGAAGAGGAUUCCAGGCCAUGACUGGUGCAUCGUCAAGCUGGGAAUAAAAGGCAUCAUCCGGGGCUUCGACGUGGACGUUUCUUACUUCAGGGGAGGCUAUGCUCCUCGAGUGUCAAUUCAAGCAGCAAACUUGGAAGAAGACAAGCAACCAGAAAUUCCACAGAGAGGAGUCAGGACCGGAGCUGCCGCCACCCCUAAGGAGUUUGCAGCGAUUUCCGAGCUAAAGUCCAUCGACUGGAAUUACUUGGUUCCCAUGACAGAGCUUAAACCAGGAGUACCUGCUUCUGGCCACAAUUAUUUUCCUGUCAAUUCCCAGCAGACAUGGACUCACGUAAGACUCAACAUUUUCCCAGAUGGUAGAAUUGCACGUCUCAGAGUGUCCGUCCCAGGACAGAGAGACUGGACCACAACCGACCCCAGAGAACCCCUGGACCUAGUGACCGCUGCUUAUGGGGGUGCCUGUGUAGGGUUUAGCGAUGCACAUUUUGGGCACGCAAAUAAUGCUGCUGGGAUUGGUGAGGCAAAGUCUAGAGCAGAUGGUUGGGAACCUGCAAGGAGGCUGGACAGGCCACCAACAGUAGAGAAAGAUGAGAAUGGCCUUCUCCUUGUCCCGGGCUGUGAAUGGGCAGUUUUCUGACUGGCACAUCCUGGUAUAACUCAAAUUGAAGUCAAGACAAAAUAUUUUAAAGGCAAUUCCCCUGACAGCUGUAAGCUGGGUGGCUGCUUGCCGACUCAGGAGGAAGGAGACGCGAUCAGGCAGAAGGGGGACCUUCCUGGCCCUAAGUGGAAACCCCUUCCUCCAGUCACGAAGGUAUGCCCUCCCCCAGCGAUGGCCACCCUGCAGCCCCAGGACGUGGCCACUCACGUGGGGCUCACCAUCGUGCCCCACGGGGGCGUGAGCUGCCUCCUGCUCAGGGGCUUCCCCAGCCCCACCUGCCUCCUGCGCCCCCAGGGGAAGCCGAUGACGAGGUUCUCAGUUAAAGAGGGGUUCAGGGCCAACCUUUGA